AUGACGCAGCGAUAUAGUACUGUUGCAGUGGUGAAAGGUGACAUUCAGUCAUUUGCUUUGGCACCAUAUAACACUUCUAUCGUGAAAGGAAAGUCAGUCAUCUUACAUUGCCAUAUAUCUAAUCAAGUUGGAAAUGUUCAGUGGUGCAAAAAUGGCACACUUCUUGGCUUUGACUGGACUAUUCCGGGCUUUGAUCGUUAUACAUUGGUUGGUAACUCUACCCUGGGUGAAUAUGACUUGAAGAUAGAUAAUGCAAAAAUUGAAGAUGAUGCUGAUUAUGAAUGCCAGGUUGGACCUGCAGCUGGUCAACCCGAAAUUAUUGGAAAAGCUCAUCUUACUGUUCUAUUGCCUCCUACAGCCAUUAAAAUCAUUGAUAAAACACCAGGUGAAGAAAUUCAAGUGAAAGUGUCAAAAAGCUUAUCACUUGCAUGUGAAGCUCAAGGCGGAAAACCAGGACCCAAUAUAGUGUGGUAUCGAAACUCUUACAGGUUGUCUGAUGUUGGAAUUGAGAAAUCUGUUCGUGACGAUGAUGAUGGGCGGCAAACUGUUCAGUCAACUUUAAGGAUAAAUCCUAACCCUGAUGAUAAUAAAGCGUAUUAUGAAUGUGAAGCUCAAAGCUCUUUUACAUCUUUAAAACUGCGAACUGGUGUUUAUUUAAAUGUAUUAUAUCCACCUGGUAGACCAAUUAUCGAAGGCUACAGAAACAAUGAAAAAAUAAGAGCUGGAGAUACUGUAAAUUUAAAGUGCAUAUCCCGUGGAGGUAAUCCUUUGGCUCGCCUAGUGUGGGGGAAAAAUAAUGUGUCCAUUGACCAUUCUUAUACUACCUCUGACUGGGAAGCUACAAAUGAAAUUUCCUUUAGUGCUAGCAUGUCAGACGAUGGAGCCGUGUAUACUUGUAAGGCAUCCAGUCCAAUGCUUUCCGAAGUGAUGGAAAAGUCGGUCUCUUUAAGUGUGAUAUAUGCUCCCUCAGCUGUAAGUAUUAAAGCACCCAAAGAAGGAAAGCCUGGAGAUGUUUUUGUAGCAACUUGCAAGACCGGUAGAAGCAAUCCUGCUGCUGAAGUAACGUGGGUUGUUGAUGGAAUACCAUUCCCUUCAGUGAAUAAAGUUGAGUCUGACUCUAAAGGAGGAUCAGUGACAACAUCUGAAAUAACUGUGAAUGUUACACUACAGGAUAGAAAUUCAAAGUUAUUGACCUGCUAUGCUGUAAAUCAAGAAUUAGGGGAAACUAUAUCUGAAACGCUAACAAUUAGUAUUUUGUAUGCACCUGAUCCCCCUUCCAUAUUUGGUUACACUGAAGGUACUGCCAUACUUGCUGGUAAAUUGCAAAGAUUGACAUGCAUUUCCCAUGGAGGGAAUCCUUUACCUGAAAUAAAAUGGUUUAAAGGUGGUAAAGAGCUUGCUAGUCCUCAACAGUCUUCAACUGGCAACAUUGUUUCCAGAGAACUUUCUAUAAUUGUUGCAGCUGAUGAUAACGGUGCACAGUAUUCAUGCAAAUCAACAAGUAAAGCUUUAUCAGAAGCACUAGUGGCUGCCAUCAAUCUCACAGUGUACUUUCCUCCAACUUCACUGAAUAUUAAAGUGAAGCCAAAGAAACCUAAAGCUGGCUCUGAGAUUCGUCUAACGUGUGAAUCAAGUAGCAGCAAUCCUGCUGCAAAUAUUACAUGGUGGAAAGAUCAAGACAGUAACAUUCAGUUAAAUCCCACAACACUUGUUGUAAGUGCUGGAGCAGAAAAUGGAGGAUUUUCUACUAAAGUGACAUUUUUGAUGAAUGUCACUGCUGAUGAUGAUGGUGCAACUGUCACAUGUCAAGCUUUGAAUGAAGCUAUUCAGCAAAGUGUGCAUGAUGCACAUAUUUUAAGAGUUUUCUAUAAACCAGUGUUUAAAAUUGCUAACUCAAAAGUUUUUGAUGUCAAACAAAAUGAAAGUACUGUUAUUGAUGUAACAGCCAAAGCAAACCCAAAAAACAUCAGCUAUCGAUGGCUGAAAGAAAGUGAAAUCAUUUGGGAGGGACCAGUGAUCAAUAUCACCUCAGCUGAUCGAACUUUGACUGGAAAGUAUACUUGUAUAGCUACAAACGAAAUUGGAAAUUCCUCCUUAGAAGUGAUUCUGAAAGUUUUGUUUCCUGCCAGAAUACUUAGAGAUGACUUGGAAUUUGAAGAAAAAGUCGUUAUUGCGGAUUCUGGUUUGAAUGUACGGUUAGAAUGUUAUGCAGAUGGCUAUCCUUUACCUGAAAAUGCAAUCAAGUGGCAGAGAGAGGGUUUUAAUUUUGAAGAGCAAACUCAAAUCAUUUCAAAAAAUGGUGGAAAGUCUGUUCUUUUGGUAAAGAAUGUAACACGAGAUAUCUCAGGAGAAUUUCAGUGUGCUAUAGAUAAUGGUAUUGGGUCUGGUGACAAGUGGAAAAUUAUUCUUCUCAUUAAGCAUGAACCAAUUAUUAAAGACUUGGAAAAAUACAACACAGUGUACAGUGACAGACAAACUACAGCCAUUGUUUACUGCAGAGCUGAUGGAAUUCCUAAUGUAAAUUUUUCAUGGUCGUAUGAAGGUGUUAAUAUUGCACAAGGAAAUGCUCGCGUGAGAAAUAAUGUUACACAGUUAGGUUAUUAUACUUGGGAAGGAACGUUAUCCAUUGACAAUGUGACAGUGAAAGAUUUUGGAGAAUACAAGUGCAUAGCAAGAAACGAACUGGGUUUUGAUACUGCAGAAAUAACUUUACUUCCUGACAGUGCUCCUGAUCCUCCAAUUGUCUUCAAAGCUAUUAAUGCCUCCCAAGAUUCUAUUUUAACUUCCUGGGUGCCUGGUUUUAGUGGUGGAUACAAUCAGACUCAUCGCAUUCGUUACAAAUCAUCAAUUGAUCUCUCGUAUACUUAUGUAGAUGUAUUUCCUCCUGCAACUAAUUCAGUAUGGAUAACUGGUUUGAAAUCUGGUGUUGAAUAUGAACUUGCGAUAUUAUCUAUUAAUGCCAAAGGACUUAGCCCUUACACUACUGAUAAAGUGAAAAUCAGAACAAUAGGUGCUUCAGAUGGAGUUAAAAGAAAAAUACCAAAAGCCCAUGAUGUCUCAUUCAACAUUGAUCUUGUUGAGCUUUUGGUAAGCACCAUAGGAACUGUAUUCCUCAUCCUCAUGGUGUUCAACAUCAUAUUACUUGCCCUGUAUUGCCGAAAAAAAGGACCAAAGAAGAAAUUAUCUAAAGACUCUGUUUCUUCUGAGGCAAGUGCAUCGGAAAAUGAUUCUGAAGAGACAACAUUUAGCAGUUUUACCAGUGAGCUGAAGAAAACAGUUGGUAGCACAAGUUCAUCAUAUCAUUCUUUGUUCACCUCUGAAGCAGAUUCGAAAUCAGUCAGCUCUUAUUCUUCUGAUGAUAUAAAUGUUGAAGAUUAUUCUGAAGAAACUUCCACUGAUAGGAAGUAUGAGCCUGAAUAUCCCUUGAGCAAAUUUGUGUGAAAUAUCAACCAAGUCAUGUUGCCUUCUAAAUCCGCUUUGUCUCAUCAAUUUCCCUCUGAUUUUAGACCAUUUUUUUGUGCUUUUCAUACAUAUAAUCUUUUCCUUUUUCAAAUUACAGUUUCAAGAUUCAAAAAUUUAAUCUUUUGAAAAUAAAG